AGUAUUCAGAAAUGGGUUUUGUUUCACAAACCAACAAAAAAGUGGCAGUGGAGUAGAAGAAGUGGAAGGGACAACAAUGGAGAUAGAUAAGCAUUAAGCCCCCCUCCCUCUUCUUCAUUCUUGUCUUUUUGCAAUCUCUAAGUGGCAAACUUGGUCUCAUGAAGACGCCAUUAUCGUUCUUCUCCAUCUUCCAUUUCUGCUCUCCACAUGGGUUUUUCUCUUUCUUCUUCUUGCCUUGCAACUUCCUCUCUCUCAAUUAAGAUUUCAAAGCCCUGUUGUGAUGUCAGACUUGGCCUAAGAUCCUCUGUCUUUACAAGAAGUCACAAAACCAAUCUUUUAGGCCAACCAGUUCAUGGCUUCACUGCAGAUGCGUCAAGAAACUGGAGUUUCAUUACAGGAUCAAGAAUUGCUAUUAAACCAAAACUUUCAAGAGUAAAUUUUUCCAAGAACGUUCAAGGAGUACGUGCCUCAUGGUUGGCAAACGCUCAAGUUGCUAGCAAUGCUUUUACUUUAGGUACAAUAGCUGUUCUCCCCUUUUAUGGCCUCAUGGUUCUGGCUCCUAAAUCAGAAUUGACUAAGAGGUCUAUGCAAAGUAACAUACCAUAUGUAGUGCUUGGGCUUCUAUAUGCAUAUCUUCUCUACCUCUCUUGGACACCAGAAACUAUGCAGCUUAUUUUUGCUUCCAAAUACUGGCUGCCAGAGCUGCCUGGUAUAUUAAAGAUGUUCUCUAGCGAAAUGACAUUAGCUUCUGCUUGGAUUCACCUGCUGGUUGUUGACCUCUUUGCUGCAAGGCAGGUUUUCCAUGACGGAGUUGAAAAUAAAAUCGAGACCCGACAUUCUGUGUCUCUUUGCCUCUUCUUUUGCCCCAUAGGAGUCCUCAUUCAUGUUAUCACGAAAGCAUUAACAAAUAGAGUUGGCCCAGCAAAACAUGGUUCGUAACAAGGCAGAGUACAUCUCAACUAAUGCUUCACCCAUCUCUUCAGAAUUUAUUAUUCUAAGCAAAUAUCAUCAGUUUGGAAGUCGAUGCAAACUUUUAGCACCUAAUCAACUCCAUUAUUUUGAAAUCAAUGUUUGUAUUCAAACCAAACCUGCAAUAACCUCUUGGCAAGUUACAAGUUUUUACGAAACUCAAAAGAAUUUUGAUAUUGCGGUGGAAGAUCAAGAAGAGAACUUGAAAGA